AGAAAAAUGGUGAUCAAUCGUCAUUCAAGAAAAAAUAUGAAGAGCAUUGCAAGAAAACGUAAUAAUAACAAACUAAUCGAACAAAAUUUUUGUUCUUCAAUUGAAUCUCUUCCCAAUGAGUUACUUACUGAUAUUGUUGCAAGAGUUGCUUCUUUUUCCUUCAAAAAUUUUAUCAAUGUCAAAUUAAGUUGCAAGGUUCUUAAUGAAAUUUCAGAUGAACGAUACAUAUAUCAGAAGGUGACGCUGGUAAACUUUCCAAUAGAACCUUUGUGGCAAAAGGAGAAGGAUGAGAAGAUAAAUAAAGUUACUUCUUUCAUGGAGCUAUGUAGAGAAUGCGGUAAUACAGAAGCCCUAUACAGAAAAGGAGUGGUAAUAAUCAAUUUUAGACUUUAGACUCGUAACUUUAUUCCAAUUAAACACUCACGACUCAAAUUUUGAUUUUCUUCGUAUGUGUUCAGGUGCCAACUUGAUAUUAAUAUGUGCUUAAUGUGUUUUUAUUUUUAGAUGGACUUUUUUAAAAACAAUAGACCAGAUUUUGCAGUGGAAUUGCUGAAGCAAGCAGCAAAAGGAGGCCACAUUGGGGCAUUGUACGUGAUUGGCAUAAUUGGAGUCUUUUUGGGUGGUGAAUUCAAGCGGAAAGGGGUAACGUUGAUUGGUAACAUGAAAGAAACCAAGACACUUAGAAAAGUAACUAGAGAAUGUCGAAAGAGUUUAGAAGAGAUCUUGAAAAAUAUUUGGGUGAAGAAUCCUUUAGUUUUGGGAGAAAGGCCCACUCGUUGCACUAUUCAACAUCAGCAUCGCGUUCGUAGGAAUGGCUGGCCUCUUGAUAGUGACGAUGAACAAAUCGAUUUUCAUUGUCAUGCUUGUAGUUGUGAUGUAGAAAUUUCUUAUAUUGUUAGUGUUUUGCCUAGAUAUUAGAAUUACAUGUAAUUAUCUUUUGAAUAUAUAAUAUUUUUUACUCUGAUUCGUUAUUUUUUUAAAAUUUGUUAUUAUCUUCAAAAUUUCGUUGAAUAUUGUACAAAAAUCUUGGCCUCCUAAGUUGAUUUUGAAGUUCCAUUGAUAACAGUUUCUUGCUCCUUGAGACCAUAAUACCCUGGCUGGAAAAAUCCAUCUCUGUCCUCGUGCAAAAGAAACGAAAAAACAGAUCAGCUUGCAACAAUCGUAUAUUUAUUCUUUAGAAAAGUCAUAAUUCUUCAGAAAAACAUAUCUCUUCACAAAAGUUGCAAUUCACCAGAAAAAUCACAAUCUUAUGAAAAAGUCACAAUAUUUCAGAAAAGUUCGUAAAAGUCUUCAGAAAAAACAUAACUUUUUCAUUUUUCAUUCAAACUUUUUAUAAAACCCAAACAUAUAAUUCAAUUGCAUUCAUUGUUAGUAAAAAUCUCUUCAAGAAAAAUGUUGAUCAAUGGUCAUUCAAGAAAAAAUAUGAAGAGGACCGUUAGAAAUAAUAACAAAGUCAUAAAAGAAAAUACUUCUUCUCCCAUUUUAUUGCUUCCCAACGAGAUACUUACUGAAAUUGUUGGAAGAGUUGCUUCUUCUUCCUUUAAAAGUUUAAUUAAUAUCAAAUUAAGUUGCAAGAUUUUAAAUGAAGUCGCAAAUGAACGAUUUGUAUAUCAGAAGGUAACGUUGGUAGACUUUCCGAUUGAACCUUGGUGGAAAGAGCAGACGCAAGAGAAGAAAAAUAAAGUUGUUUCUUUCAUGGAGCUAUGUAGAGAAUGUGGGAACACAGAAUUUUUAUACAGAAAAGGCGUGUUGGACUUUUUCAAAAACGAUAAGCCAGAAGUUGCGAUGGAAUUUCUGAAGCAAGCAGCAAACGGAGACCACUUUGGGGCAUUGUAUGUGAUUGGCAUAAUACGAGUCUUUUUGGGGGAUGAAUAUAAGCAAAAAGGGGUGAAGUUGAUCGGGAUCAUGAAAAAAACAGAGGCAUCUAGAAAAAUAACAAGGCAAUGUCGAAAAAGUUUAUUAGAGAUGUUGAAAACUAUUUGGGUGAAGAAUCCUUUAAUUUUGGGAAAAAGACCCGCUUGUUGCACUAUCCAACAUGAAAAAAACAUUCUCAGGAAUGGCUGGCUUGACAGGGACGAUGAACAUGCCUACAUUCAUUGUGAUGCUUGUAGUUGUGAUGUAGAAAUUUCUUAUAUCCUUGAUGUUUUGCCUGCAUAUUAGUAUUAUCUUUCGAUUAUGUAAUAUUUUUCGGAUCUGAACCAUGGAGAUAAGUUGAUUCGUUAUUUGUCAAA